UGCAUCCCGCAUGGAAAUCCCCAGGGUUCCUCGGUUCUCUGCCUCGGCGGCCUCUUGAAGCAGUUUUCAGCUAACGGCGGCGUUAAAAGGCUAAUAAAACAAGCAGAUAGGCCUGUAAACCGCUCGCUUUCUAAUGGCUUCUUUGCUGCCUCCCUAGAGCUGUGUUUGGGCAGGAGGAGAGCGCUGUUUUAUCGCUAAUAGUGCUUUUUGAAAGCUGCCUAUUAAAAAAUUAUGUCUUAUUCCCCAGGCUUUCAGAUGCGGGUGCUCCAGUGAAUUAAUUGUCAUUUAGUCAUCAUAAGGGAAGUGGAUGUUUUCCUUGCUGUGACAGCGACAACUUAAUUUUAAUUAGAUACAGACAAACACGUAAAGUGUUGCAGUAGCGUCGGAAUUGCCUCGCCAAUGUGGGUGCUGGAUUUUCUCACCUCUAAUUACCCGUGCUAAUCAGUGCCUAGAAGCUUAUGCUGAAAUUGUGCUCUUAUCCUAGUGAUUAUUAUAUUUUUUUUUAUGUAUAUAAAGUUGCUGAGAAACCCCAGGGGCCUGAGUUAAAUGGGUUCAUUCCAAGCAGAGCGUGGAAAAAGAAGACGUCGUUGCUGUUGCGCUGCAGCGUGUGGGUGCGAGGAGAGUUUGAUUGGAGCAUGGAGCCCUCAUCCCCACCAGAACCAGGGUUUCCUGCAGAGAAGAGCUCAUCUGUGCCACAGAAAAAACACCGGGUCCUGGUGGGAGUGACUGGAAGCGUGGCUGCCCUGAAGCUACCUCUCCUCAUUGCUGAAUUGUUGAAAAUCACUGGGCUCGAGGUGAAGGUUGUCACUACGGAGAGAGCAAAGCAUUUCUACAAUGCCCAGGAGAUUCCUGUGACGCUCUACAGCGAUGAAGAUGAGUGGCAGCUGUGGAAGGGCCGUUCGGACCCCGUCCUGCACAUCGAGCUCAGGCGGUGGGCUGACGUUAUGUUGGUGGCACCUCUUGAUGCAAACACACUGGCAAAGCUCGCGAAUGGCAUCUGUGACAACCUGCUGACUUGUGUCAUCCGUGCUUGGGAUCUGAGCAAACCUCUGCUCUUCUGCCCAGCUAUGAACACGGCCAUGUGGGAACACCCCAUCACAGCUCAGCAGGUGGAGCAGCUGAAAGGCUUUGGCUACACAGAGAUCCCCUGUGUGGUGAAGAAACUAGUGUGUGGAGAUGAAGGUCGAGGUGCCAUGGCAGAAGUGUGGACCAUUGUGGAGAGCGUGAGAAGGAUCCUUGAGGAACGGGACUUGCCAACGCAGAGCUGAUGGUUUGGCAUGUGAAUUGUGUUUGUGUGCCUCCCUGAUGGUUUGAAGAUAAAACCAACAGGAAGCCGAGUCGAGAUGGCAUGCAUACCUAGAGCAAGCUCUUCAACCGAAGGAGUGAAACGGUUGUCUUCCAGCUGGUGCCAAACUGAAAUGUGGUACAUCACUGCUGACUUGCAGAAACCAAAGCCAAGAACAUGCUGCUUUAGUGUGGGAAAACUCUGCGGUAUCUCGCAGAGAGGGAGCAACGUUCCGCUAGGCCGCUCAACCCCCAGUAUUUCACAUGCACUCCUCUCUGAGGAGGCCGCGGGAGGAACUGCCGACGUAUUUCAGGUCCAGUGGUUCCCCCAGGAGCUGCUAGAGAGGAGAGUGCUGUGCAAGCCCUGGUGAUGGGGAUAAUGCCAGCCCCUUCCAGCAUGUCGGCAUGGGCACAUCCCUGCUCUCCAAAGCCUGGUCCGUAGCCGUGCUGGCUUUACCUUGCCAGCAGGAGUCACUGACCAAAAAGCAUUUCCCCUCUGGGAACUCGAUAAAAGAGAGCUUUCAAUUCUGCCCCCGAAGAACUGCCUCUUGUAGCUGCUCUGGGGGGUGUUUGCACCUAACAUUAUUGCUAAAUCAUUGUCUCUGCCUGUGGUUUUUAUCAGAGAUGGGGAAAAAAAAUGACUGAAAGAAGCUAUCUAGUCCCCAAACUAGCCUUUGCCCUUUUGUAUCUGUUGACUGGAUAGGGAUGAAGACGUCAACUGUGAACCAAAAUGACACCUACCCCUCUGGGCGCUCCAGUCAGGAAAUGAACACUGGGCCCUUGUGGAAAGCCAGGGUGGGUGUUGCCCAAGGGAGUGAAGACAAACUUUGUCUGUGAUGAUCCUUUUCGGCUUGAAAAUUAACUGACUGGCAUGAAAAAAUUGGGAAAUCCUGUGACCCCAUGGGCCAGAGCAGCCAGGGCUCCCCCAGUCCAGCCUUUCCUUGGGAAUGAGAGGGGAAUGGGAGCAAACUGGGACUGUUGAACAUGCCGCUGUAGCAGAGUGCUGCUGACCCAGAGAGUUUAUUUUUAACUAGACCCAGUCAAAUUUAAGGCCUUGGUACAGAAUGUGCAUCCUGCCUAUGGGGGCAACCUUCAGACUGCUGUGCACGAGGGAAGGGGUUAUCAGGGUAUGUUUGCUUUCCUUAUCUAUUCCACACAAAUAAAAACCUAUGAACUUUCGCAUUUUUGGCUCUUUCACUGACAGAGAUCCGGGAAUUCGGAGCUUCUGGGGACCAAGGCAGAAGGAUCCUCGUGUGAGCAGAGCCUGUGGCUCACGCAAAGGACUGUACUGGUACUGUGGUCGUGAACUUUGCGUUUUGGUGGUGAAGUCUUUGUGGCGUGACCUGCAUUGUUUGCUCAUGUUCUCAGCAUGGUGAAAGCUAUCCACCCACCAGAGGAGCUUACAUUAAGCUUACUGGAGGCAGCAGAAGAGAUGCCUCUUGGUUUCCAUGACGCUUCUAGUGAACGUUGUUUCUCCUGCUUACAGAGAAGUGUGUGUUCUGCCAGUUCCAACUGGUCUUUGGGGCUCUGCUGUGGAUAUCUUGUGCAGUUGGAAUGGCUUAUCUUUACUCCUAGUCCAUGACAGAAUGCAGAAAGUCCGACAGUAAGGCUCCUCAUACUAGGUCAAAACACCAUAUGUCCUUGAUAAGAGCGUUCAUCUUUUACAAGUCUGGUUUGAGCUGCUCCAGAAACAUUGAUGGGUAUCGUCUGGCUUCUCCGGGCCCCGGAGAGCGGGCAAGAAGGCGUGCGGCGUAUGCUGCGGAGUGCGAGCUCUGGUAGUUCAGCAGAAAGCGGGUAACGUGGCAUUUUUAGAUCCAGAACUUACGCUUGAUAGCACGCGGAGCAGACACCAGUCUUAGUGAGCUUAUCUGUAAGGCAGAAGGAAACUGCCAAGACUACAGAAUUGCUUCUCAGGCUUGUUGAGAGGCUUAAAUGAAGGCCCGCGAAGAACUUACAGAACCCUGAAUAAAGGAAGCGAAUUCUUUGUCCUGCAAAUUUAUAGGGCAGCAAUAGAAAUGUGUAGCUGAGCAGAGCCUGAGGGAACAAAGGGAAUACAUCCCAGCGGCAGAAAAACCCACGAAGGAAAGUCCUCUGUAGAGGACGCUGCCCCGGUCUGUCUCGCCUCUGCUGCAGAAACUACUAAUGGUGCCGCUAAGUGAUCCUCUGCGUAACCGCCGCGAUUUGUAAUUGGAGGCAGGUCAUGAUGGUGUUACAGGUUGGGAUAAACCCCCGCCGAAACCACCCUUCCUUCAGGGCAAAUAGAAGAAACAGUUAAGUUCCUUUUGGGAGGCAGAGCGCUGAAGCAAGAGCAGCUUCCACCCCUGGCCGGGGCACGCGUCCCCACCCACGGCGAGGCAGGCGCCGGCAGCCCGCGGGCAGGAGCGCUGCGCCGGCUGCGGAAAAACCGGCAGAAAGAGGAGCGGGGGGGAAGCCCUGGCCGCUGUCACACAAGUCAUUCGGCUUUCAGGAGGGGCCUUUGGGACACGGCCCUUGUAGGAUGAGGCUCAGGGCGAGGAGCGAAGGAACCGAUUCGCAGCCAGGGCUUUGUGCGAGCUCGCUGAAGAGGCGCCGCUGGCCUCGCCGCCGCCGAAGCGGGACGGCCGGGCUCCCCUUGGCCACCGAGGUCACCAAGAGGUGUCGAGCGCUGAAUUCCUCAGGGCAGACAGGCCGACAUCUCCAGGUUCGCAGGGGAGGCCCGAGAUGCUGCCUGCCUGCUUUUUCUUUUCCUUCACCUUUUUGAGCCGCAUGCUGAUUUUUUCUUUCGCUUUCCUGUGAAACUCUGAUGACCGAGGCAGCAUCCCCGUGAAACCCGCUGCGUUGCAGUUUCAUUCAUGCUGCUUAAAACUGUUUCAGCCCUGGCUUGGGAGCAAUAAACAGCUGGGACAAAAGCUCGGCUAAGGCAGCAGCCCUGCUUCUUUCCUGUGCUUAGACCCAGCCCUGCCUGGGCUCGGACGUGACUCUGAGCAUCCGUUUCUCCAGCUGCUUCCCCCCUCAUCCCAAAUUUGAUGCGGUCCCUUUGCCGCUUGGCUCCUUGGGGCACCGGAGGAGGAUGGAGGUGCCGUGGUGCCGCUUUGCAUCCGGAUGGUCUGACUCCGAGCACGGUGCUUUGCUCAGGAGCUGGCUCCCCGGACGUCGAGCCCCUCCGGAGGUGCGUCAUCCCCCGUGCCUGCCCCAUCCCACGCCUUUGUCCCGCAGCAAGCGUGAAGCCACGUGAACAUCUUCCAGGAAAAACUCAAAUCGCAAAACAAACCAAACACCACCCCCCCCCUCCAAAAAAAAAAGUGAUGAAACCUCCCCGCUUUCAGAUUUCAAGCAGUCCUGUUCCCGCGACGCGCCUGCUCUCCAGAGCCUGCCUGCAGCGGCUCCGCGCGCCGGGGCUCCGGAUUUGACACCUGCCUGCAGCGAGCUGGGCGGCGGGGUUCGCACCUCCGCGGCGAGCGGGGACGCCGCCUGCUUCGGAUCUUCGAAAGCGCGGGGUGGCAGGAAGCUUUUUUUUUUUUUUUUUUUUUUUUUAUUUUUAUUCUCUCUUCCCCCAACCGCAGCGGGGCCGGGUGCUGGGAGAGGGCGAUGGCUGCCAAGGGGUGACGGACUGGUGGUGGCAAGUGAGGACACGGGGAUGCUCAUACAGGUGGGCUUCCCCUGCUCUGGCAGAAUUCGGAAUGCCCAAAUAAAGCCCUGAGAAGCGAAUCUUCCUUCCGCAAGGUUUACAA